UGACAGAAACAAAUUGAUAAAAUGACGUGGAGCGAGGUUAGGAAUUUGUGAAAAAUAUAUGUUUUAACCGGAAUAGAAGUGAUAAGAUAGUUUUAAUAACUAAUUAAGUACCUAAAAAGCACAAAAUGAUCGAGAUCUCAGAUACACAGAAGAUAGGCGUUGGCCUGGCAGGGUUUGGUAUGACAUUCCUAUUCCUUGGCGUGCUACUUCUGUUUGAUAAAGGCUUGUUAGCUAUAGGAAAUAUUCUCUUUAUCAGUGGUCUGGCGUGUGUCAUAGGGCUCCAGAGGACAUUCUUCUUCUUCUUCCAAAGACAUAAGGUAAAGGCCUCGGUGGCUUUCUUUGGUGGCAUAACUGUUGUCCUAUUGGGAUGGCCUAUGAUCGGUAUGAUCGCUGAAAUAUAUGGCUUCCUACUACUAUUCAGAGGUUUCCUGCCUGCAGCUGUGAAUUUCCUAAGAAUGGUACCUGUGCUAGGAUCUCUGCUCAGCCUACCUAUUAUACGAGGGAUUGUGGAUAGAAUAGCCGGCGACAAUGGCCGCAACAUGGUAUGAUGAAAUCCAAUCGUGACCCCUGAUUCUUACAAAUAGGAUCUUCCACAUUCCUAAUUUAAUUAAUUAUUGUUUAAAAUAAAAAUUAUUUUUUCAUUAUAA